AUGAUACGCCUAGCUGUAUGUAUCGGAGCUGCGGUUGACUUGGAUUCUCUCGAACACGGCCAGAGUCAAUCUGUCGCGGUGAGAUGGAAAGGUGAUAUGGAUGACGAAAAGCUGAAGCAAACUUUGCUCGGUUUUGAAACGCCUUACAUUUCCUGCUAUACCGAUACAAACUCAGUCACAGUCAACAUCAUGGAUACCGAGUUAUCUGAUUUCUUGGAGCAAUUAAAAAGUCAGGACUUCUCGGCCAAGGUCAUCAGCGUGCGCGGAAGAUUCCAUCAUGAUGUUCACAUCGAUUCUGUGGCACACCUUGCGAAAUUAUGUGUGCAGGAUGCCCGGUUCCGCUUGCCCGACACCGAAAUUUGGUCACCCCUGCCACUGAGAUCCAACGUGAACGGCGAGAUUAUUGAAAAUAUCUCAAGGAUCCAUGAAGUGGCCCUGGAAUCAAUACUUGUAAAGCCUUCCCUCUGGUCCCUCACUGUAUCCUCCGUGAUUGAGGAAACCCAGGGCGGGUUUGAUGGGCAACUUACAUUUUCUGCCAUCGGGACUGAUCAAUUCGUGCCACGCUUAAUCAAAAAUCGCCUCGUCGAUCUACCAAGUUCAUCGAGUCGAUUGUCCAGCAAUGGUGAAUGUGGUCGGGCAGAAGAUGAGGCGACGAAUACACAAAUCAAAACAAAUAUCUCCCCGACCGCACUCCCUAUCGCCAUCACUGGCAUGGGUUGUCGAUAUGCGCAGGCGGAUUCACCAGAGCUUUUAUGGGAGAUGCUACGACUGGGGAAGACCGCUGUUAGUCUACUUCCUAACAAGCGGUUUAACAUGGACAAACUUGCCCGGGAGCCCAAGGGACCGUUUUUCGGGAAUUACUUGGCCAACCCCGACGUUUUCGAUCACCGUUUCUUUGGCAUAUCAGCUCGCGAGGCAGAGGCUAUGGAUCCUCAGCAGCGACUUUUACUUCAAGUUGCCUAUGAAUCCAUGGAGUCUGCAGGAUAUUGUGGCUUGAAAAAGGCAAACCUGCCGACCGACAUUGGCUGUUACGUGGGCGUAGGAUCCGAUGACUACACAGACAAUGUUGGAUCUGUUAACUCUAAUGCUUUUUCAGCCACUGGCACACUUCAGGCAUUUAAUAGUGGUCGUAUCAGUCAUUUUUUCGGGUGGAGUGGUCCCUCCAUCGUUGUGGACACUGCCUGCUCCUCAGCUGCGGUUGCCAUUCAUAUGGCAUGCAAGGCUCUCGAUAGCAAAGAGUGUUCCAUUGCUGUGGCAGGAGGGGUUAACGUGAUGACUAGCCCGAGAGUCACACAAAAUUUGGCUGCAGCUUCAUUCCUCUCCCCUACUGGGGGAUCAAAGGCCUUCGAUCAAAGUGCGGAUGGAUAUUGUAGGGGUGAAGGAGCGGGUCUGGUUGUUCUACGUCCACUGGCCGAUGCGAUUCGUAAUGGCGACCCUAUUCUUGCCGUCAUCGGGGGGUCUGCAGUCAACCAGGGAGCGAACUGUUCCCCCAUCACGGUGCCACACUCGGAGUCUCAAAUAUCACUUUAUCGGAAAGCGAUGUCUGCUGCAGGUGUUUCUGCCGCAGAUAUCACUUAUGUUGAGGCGCAUGGAACCGGAACCCAAGUUGGUGACCCGAUCGAGUUUGAUAGCAUCCGAAGGACCUUCAGCGGGCCAGCGAGAAAGCAGAAGCUCUAUGUGGGAUCCAUCAAAGACAACAUUGGACAUGCAGAGACCGCGUCCGGAGUUGCCGGCCUGCUCAAGACUAUUAUGAUGAUGCAGAGACGCCAAAUCCCCAAGCAGGCCAGCUUUUCUCAACUGAAUGCUAAUAUCGCACCGUUUGGAAAUGAGCUCAUCGAUAUCCCCACUCAACUCACUGAAUGGCCAUCCGCCAUGUCCUCAAAUGCCAUGGCCAUGGUGACAAACUAUGGUGCGGCAGGCAGCAACGCCGCUAUAGUUAUCAAGCAACAUGCACAAUCUUCCAACCAGCCAACUCAAUCCUGUCAGCAACCAUCAGAAGUGCCAAUAAUCGUUGCCGCAAACUCAGCGGAAUCCUUGCGAUCUUACUGCAAGACUUUGAUCUCCUACAUGCGACACGCACGAAUUGGCCGAUGUGUUGACCUGGCGUACAACCUGGCUUCAAAGCAAAACAGAGACCAUGAAUACAGACUUUCAUUCCCCACCCCAUCUGACGAUGUUGCUACACUUGUUACAAUGCUCGAGUCCUCAGCUCAGCAGGCCACAAUUGCGAAGAAACAAACAUCUGCACGCUUACCCGUCAUUUUGUGCUUCGGAGGUCAAAAUGGAGAUACAGCCCACAUUUCCGAGGACCUGUUUAACAAAUGUGAAUUGCUUCAAUACCACUUAAUGGAAUGCGAAAGUGUCUGCCAGGCCCUCGGCCUUCCCAGCCUGUUCCCGCAAAUCUUCAACCCCGCUUCAAUUGAGAAUAUCGUCAGUUUACACUGCGUUCUUUUCGCCAUCCAAUACAGUUCGGCAAAAUCAUGGUUAGAUUCCGGGCUAAAGGUAGACCGAAUCAUUGGUCAUAGCUUUGGUCAGUUGACUGGCCUCUGUGUCAGUGGAGGGCUCAAGCUGUCAGAUGCAAUUUAUCUGGUCUCUGAGCGCGCUAGACUGAUCCGUGAUGAAUGGGGUCCAGGGCGUGGGGUAAUGCUUUCAGUCGAAGCGGCCGAUGCAGAAGUUCAGUGCCUGCUCAAUGGGGAACCGAGCAUCACUGUCGACAUUGCUUGUGUGAAUGGACCCCGCAACCUCAUCCUUGCAGGAGAUGAGACGUCUAUCCGUGCGUUUGAGGAGUUGGUGGCACAGGACUCCUCCCGCGUUAUUCGCACCAAGCGUCUGAAGAACACACACGCCUUCCACUCCCAAAUGGUAGACAGCAUCGUUCCAGGCUUGACCAAGGUGGCUCAGAGUAUCCAGUUUUUCCCAUCAUCCAUUCCUCUAGAGCCAUGUUCAUCCAAGGGUGAUUGGUCACCUGUGACCCCGAACGCAAUCGUGGAUCACAGCCGACACCAGGUUCACUUCCAGGCAGCAGUUGAGCGAGCUGUCCGAAAGGUUCAAGGCCCAGCUAUCUGGCUGGAAGCUGGAUCUGCAUCUCCCAUCAUUUCAAUGGUCCGACGCGUUGUGGAAGCCAGCGUGCCUGCCGCUGCUCUGCAUUUCUAUCAGCCCAUCGAUUUAGAAGGUCCAUCGGCCCAGAGAAAGCUAUCCCAGGCAACUUGCAACCUUUGGAACAAAGGUGUACCGGUGCAAUUCUGGUCGUUCCACGCUCGUCAGGCAAAGAGUUUCAACUGGAUGAAUCUUCCUCCGUAUCAAUUUGCUCAAAAUCGCCACUGGAUUGAUUUCGAUCCCCUUGCCUUCAUUCCGACUCAGAACGAGGCUUCGCCUUCCACACGCACCGAAGACAGCCCGCCUCCGUUCAUAAAGCUCUUAAGCAAGAAGGACACGGAGUUUCUAUGUGCCAUCAACACAAACGAUCCCCUAUACCAGAUUUGUACAAGCGGGCAUGCAGUUGUUGAUCAAAACCUCUGCCCCGCGUCUCUUUAUAUUGAGAUGGUAGUUCGAGCCGCGCAUCUCAUUUCACCGGGGAGCACAUCUGUGUCUCAAAUGCCUCAUAUUCGAGAUCUCGAAAUUUCAGCACCUCUAGUGCUCAACCCUUCGGGCAGUAUCCUGUUGAAGCUUUCAAAACAUCAGUCAGGCCAAAUGACUUGGAUAUUUUCUUUAUUCACUCGCGAUGCUAAAGAUGUCAUCCUGACCCAUGCGGCUGGAAAGAUCAGCCUUCAUCCAUUUGAUCGCCCAGAUCCGCUAUUUGCCCGCUUGAAUUCGAUGAAUCGCUUGAUUGAUGCUACUCGGGUUCAAUCCAUCGAGAAUUCACGGAACUCCAGUGGUUUCAAAGGCAUGGCGGUCUAUCAGGCGUUCCGAAGAGUGGUCAACUAUGCAGAGUGCUACCGUGGCGUUCAGAGUGUGUAUGCAACCGAAAACGAGGCUACGGGUGUUGUCAAUCUCGGCGUAUCACCUACGUCCAGUAGUAGGUGUGAUCCUAUCCUUAUGGACAACUUCAUCCAAGUUGCAGGCCUCCAUGUCAACUGUCUGUCGGAUAUUCGGGAGGAGGAGGUGUUUGUCUGCACCGAGGUUGGGGAAUUCCUUAUUGCCGAGCCAUUCCUUGCUCGUGAUGUGGCAUCAUCACGUUCCUGGGAUAUAUAUUCCAACGUGGAGCGCUCGUCGAAGACCAAGAUCACGUCUGAUAUAUUUGUUUUGGAUCGCACAACAGGCAAGCUCGCUGUCGCUAUUCUCGCAGUGGGAUUCAAAAGUCUUUCAAUCACUUCUCUCACCAGGGCUCUGAAAGGACUAAACAGCCAACCCGUCGAUCAAAAGAGAGACGCAGUCACGGAAUUGCUGCCAAGUGGUGGAACCAUCAACCCCAGGGCACAGAGCACAGAUGAGCCCAUUCAUCUUGCCCCCACCGACGCACUUUCCAGGAAUAAUCAUUUUAGGGAUGUUCAAUCCAUGCUCUGCGAUCUCUUGGGGAUGCCCGCUGAAGAUCUUCCUCUAUCUUCCAACCUAGAAGAGAUUGGUGUGGACUCAUUGAUGCGGACGGAGGUUCUUGCAGAAAUCAGCAAAAGGUUCAACGUGUCAAUGACAACGUCAUCAUUAGCAGAAAUUCCGAAUGUUCAGGCGCUUGUCGACACCAUCUUCCCUCAACAACACCCCGUGACAGAUGAAUACGAACCAAUCACACAAAGCGAGUCUUCCGGUCGGUCCUCCUCUGGGUAUGAUGACUCAACGAUUCCGACGCCUGUAUCAAUGGAGGGUUCGUAUGGUCUCAUGAACGCUGCACCUCUCGUCUUCGGCAAAAUCAGAGAAACUACAUCUCAUAGUCAAGCAACAAAAUGGGAUGGCUUCUAUAGCUCUGUUUACCCAACGCAGAUGGCACUUGUUACUGCCUAUGUGGUAGAGGCAUUCCAAUCCCUUGGUGUCUCGUUGACAGACCUCCAGCCUGAGCAGAGUCUUCCUCAGCUUGCGGUUUUGCCACAGCAUCAGAAGGUGCUUGGGCAGCUUUAUGACAUUUUGGAGUCAUCAGGUUUGAUUCAAGGCACCAAGGCUGGCUUCGUGCGAACAGAGACCCCUGUCUGCCCAGUGACUUCGUGUCAAUUGCAUGAAGAGAUCGUGGCCCUUUAUCCUCAGCACGCAUCGGAGCACCAGCUCCUUCAAAAGACCGGCAUGAGAUUAGCUGAUUGUUUGACAGGGGCAGCUGAUCCCAUUGCCCUUCUUUUCCAGAAUGCUGAAGCUCGCCAGCUGAUGGAGGAUGUUUACACGAAUGCACCUAUGUUCAACGCAGCAACUCGCCACCUAGCGCAGUACCUCACAGGGCUCCUUGGACGCGCGGAUUCCUUGCACGAAAUUAAAAUCCUCGAGAUCGGUGCAGGUACCGGGGGAACAACAAAGGCUCUCUUGAGUCAGCUCACGGCCGUCCCGGGCCUAAGCUUCGAAUACACAUUCACUGAUCUCUCUUCGUCACUCCUGGCGCUGGCACGCAAAAAGUUCAAGCAUUACAACUUCAUGAAAUACCAGACGCUGAAUAUCGAGCAGAGUCCUGGAGCCGAGAUGCUUGGACAGUACGAUAUUAUCAUCUCCAGCAACUGUAUUCAUGCCACCCGCAACCUGGUUAAAUCUUGCGGUAAUAUCAAGAAACUGUUGCGACCGGACGGAAUUCUUUGUUUGAUUGAGCUUACACGCAACAUUUUUUGGUUCGAUCUUGUAUUCGGUCUUCUAGAGGGCUGGUGGCUCUUUGAUGACGGCAGGAAACAUGCACUUGCCAGCGAGUAUGUAUGGAAAGAUACGCUCUCCCAGUCAGGAUUCCAAUGGGUGGACUGGUCCCGGAAUGCCUCUCCAGAGUCAAACACUUUGCGAUUGAUUACCGGCUCACCAACACCCGCUCUCUCUCUGGACCAAGGAUUGGAAAGCACUACGCUCCUGCCGGAGAAGGAGACUGUCGUGUUCGGUGAAGAAAAUGCUGUCCAGCUUUGCGCAGAUAUUUUCUACCCCAAGAGUCUCCAGCCUCCCGGAAGUGCUCGUCCGAUCGCUCUUAUGAUUCAUGGUGGAGGACAUGUCAUGCUCUCCCGUCGUGAUGUCCGCCCCAAGCAAAUCAAGAUGCUAUUGGAAGCUGGGUUUCUGCCUGUCAGCAUUGACUACAGGCUUUGCCCUGAGGUCUCCCUUCUUGAAGGACCUAUGCACGAUGUACGAGAGGGCCUGCGCUGGGCACGCUAUACACUUCCAAGUUUGGCGCUUGACCGUCCGGACAUCCGGCCAGAUGGAGACCAAGUGGUGGCUGUUGGAUGGUCCACAGGAGGCCAUUUAGCAAUGACCCUUGCUUGGACAGCACCCCAAGCUGCCAUUCCACCUCCUCAGGCUGUUCUUGCCUUUUACUGUCCAACCGAUUACGAAAGUCCGUUCUGGUCCAAACCUAACCAUCCGUAUGGAAAGGACUCAUCUUCCGUCGGCACGGCAUACGAUGUGUGGGAGGGUGUCUUUGAAACGCCGAUCACUGGCUACAAUCCCCCAGCUAGCACAAACGCUCAGGGAGGAUGGAUGUCCCCCAGUGAUGCGCGGAGUCGAAUUGCAUUGCAUAUGAAUUGGAGUGGGCAAACUUUGCCUGUUCUAUUGCGCGGAAAGCAUCACUGUACGUCUCGCAAAGCAAGUGAUACAGAAGAAAUAUUACCACACCCAACGACCGAAGAAGUUCAAGCGGUCAGCCCAUUGGCUCAGAUUCGUCGCGGCUGCUAUAAAUCACCUACUUUUCUUAUCCAUGGAGCGCUCGAUGACCUGAUUCCUCUGGAGCAGGCACAAAAGACACACGACGAAUUCCGAAUCCAGGGCAUUGAGGCUGAGCUUCGUGUUGUGGAGCAAGGUCUACAUCUGUUUGACAUCUAUCCGAGGUAUGAGGAAGAUAAGGAGGCUUUCCAGGCUGUCUUGGAGGGAUAUAAGUUCCUUCGCAGUCACGUUCAAGUUUAG